UCCACACCCCUGUUACUUGUUCUACAUUUCUGCUUGGAGGAAGUGGCCCCCUUUCCUCACCCUGUCGCUCUUUACUGCGGGGAUACAAAAUCACUAACAAACUAUUCCGUUGAGUGAAAAUGAGGCAAUUGUCCUCCUAGAAAAUUGGGAAAUCGUCUCUGCAGAAUAGCACGUACGUUGUAACAACAUAGUUGUAAGAAGAUACGCCAGAGUGGAUCGUUUUGAGCUGGAGGAGCCUCGUCUGCUUUGUUUACAUUGGGAUUGUUUUGAUGCUGGGUGUUUUCACGGUGACGUUUUUGCGUGGAAAACGACUGUAAAAUCCUGCAACGAUGGCAUUGCAGGCCCAGGUGAUAUAUGACUUCAGUGCUGAACCAGGAAAUAACGAGUUGACAGUCAGAGAAGGAGAGACUGUCACCGUCCUCAAUCAGAAUGUUGGUGGAGGAUGGAUAGAGGCUCAGAACUCCAGAGGAGAAAGUGGGCUGGUGCCAGAAGACUACUUACAGGUUGGUGCGGUGCCAUCCACAACACCAGAGGCAGCUACCUAUCCGGAUGCCUACAGCCCCGAGUCCAGCAGCAGCACAAACACUCAGGUUGCUAACGGUGACAACCCUUGGUCUGGGGGAGGAGCUUACACCAACAUGACAGCCGGGGGAUGGGACACCCAGGGAUACGUGCAGACUCAACAGAAUGCAGGUGAUGAUGACGAUGAUGGUGAGUGGGAUGAAGAGUGGGAUGAUGCCAGAUCAACAGGGGGUUAUGGAGAAACUACAGGGGAGGAGGAAGGAGAGGCGGCAGGCCGCAACACACACACACACAUGAAGAUAUCCCUCAACAAGUUUGCGUUCUCUAAGAUCCCCAACCCAGAGGUGUACCUCCUGGCUAAACUACCACCCAAAGGCAAAGACAGACUGGCCAUCUAUAUGGGAGAUGUGGGGCCAGUGUGGCUGUAUCCCCAGUCUCCUCUUGACUGUGUCGUGGCUGAUCCUAAAAAGGGCUCUAAGAUGUAUGGGCUGAAGAGUUACAUAGAAUAUCAGGUCACACCCAACACGACCAACAGACCUGUCAAUCACAGGUAUAAGCAUUUUGAUUGGCUGUAUGAGCGCCUGUUGGAGAAGUUUGGUUCCGCCAUCCCCAUCCCCUCGCUGCCUGACAAACAAGUCACAGGUCGUUUUGAGGAGGAGUUUAUCAAGAUGAGGAUGGAGAGACUGCAGGGCUGGAUGUGUCGUAUGUGUCGCCAUCCCGUCGUCUCCAACAGUGACGUCUUCCAACUCUUCCUCACAUACCGAGACGAGAAGGAGUGGAAGACCGGGAAGAGGAGAGCAGAGAAGGAUGAGUGUGUUGGACCAAUGGUCUUCUCCACCAUCGACCCUGAAGCUCCUGAGUUAGACAUAAUAGAAGUGGAGCAGAAGUGUGAAUUGUUCAGUAGGUUCACUAAAGAGAUGGAUGAUGGAGUUAAAGACCUGCUGAACGUUGGGAACAUACACUGGAAACGCUGCACAGGCCCUCUGCGUAAGGAGUACCAGAAGAUUGGGAAAGCCUUUCAGAACCUGUCAUCUGUCUUCAACACCAGUGGCUAUACAGGAGAGGCCACACUCACAGAUGCUCUCACAGCUGCAGGGAAAACAUAUGAGGAGAUCUCACAGAUCGUAGCUGAGCAGCCCAUAAAAGACCUUCACUUCCUGAUGGAAACCAACAACGAAUACAAAGGGCUGCUAGGCUGCUUCCCUGAUACUAUCGGAGUACACAAGGCGGCUAUAGAGAAGGUGAGGGAAGGGGACAAGAUGGUGGCAGCAGGGAAGAUCACCACACAGGAUAAAGGGACCAUGGCCAAACGCAUCAGCAUCAUGUGCUACUCACUACAAGCUGAGAUGAACCACUUCCAUAGCAACCGUAUCUAUGACUACAACAGAGUCAUGCAGCUCUACCUGGAAGAACAGAUCAGGUUCUAUGAAACGAUUGCAGAGAAGCUGAAGCAAACCCUGGGCCAGUUUACCACCCUGUAAAGGGAAACAAACACACACACCUUGUUCUUCUCCUUUCUGCUUCGUGGACCAACAACCUUAAACAGGAUGGACUGGUGUCUGGAUGAUGUAGUUGGAAGACAGUAUCACCCUGUGCCUUUUAACUACACAAGGAUUUUACCAUAACGAUGUUAUAUUUUAAUAUCACAGUGCAGAACAAUAUGUUAAAUGUUGUUUUAUAACCCUCUAAUUAUGCCAUAUCUCUUUUAUUUAUAAUAUAGAUAUAUGAAAUGGUUGUAUUUCGUGGUUAUUUUGGUUGGAUGUUUUCACUUUGUCUUAUUAUUCUUAUUCUGGAUAAUGUGAUUUAGAGAGGGGAUACAGAGGGAGAGAGAGAGACAGAGAGGGGAGACAGAGUAGGGGAGAGAGAGACAGAGAGAGAAUAGGGGAUACAGAGGGGAGAGGGAGACAGACAGAGGGGAGAGAGAGAGAGACAGAGAGAGAAUAGGGGAUACAGAGGGGAGACAGAGAGAGAAUAGGGGAUACAGAGGGGAGACAGAGAGAGAAUAGGGGAGAGAGAGAGAGACAGAGAGAGAAUAGGGGAUACAGAGAGAGAAUAGGGAAUAUAGAGGGGAGAGAGAGACAGAGGGGAGAGAGUAGGGGAGAGAGACAGAGAGAAUAGGGGAUACAGAGGGAGACAGAGGGGAGAGGGAGACAGAGGGGGGAGAGAGAGAGAGAGAAUAGGGGAUACAGAGGGGAGAGGGAGACAUACAGAGGGGAGAGGGAGACAUACAGAGGGGAGAGGGAGACAGAGGGGAGAGGGAGACAGAGGGGAGAGAGAGAGUGAGAGAAAGAGGGGAGACGGAGAAAGGAGAGACAGAGAAAAUAGGGGAGACAAAGAGAGAGUGGGGGAGAGAGAGGGGAGACGGAGAAAGACAGAGACAGAAAGAUCAUGCGAUUCACACGCUCCGCCACCCCGUUCUCCUCCCACUCAAGCAAACACACUGCUGGCAGUGUUUUCCCUCCCUCCACACAUACAAAGCCAUUUGACUCAGUAUGCCCUCUCAUGUAUAGAACACCUCACACACACUCCCUAUGCAACACUAGAGAGUGCUCAUCCGUCUCUCAAUUUCCCCUCUCAAUUCAAUUUAAGGGCUUUAUCCGCAUGGGAAACAUACCUUAAUGUUACCAAAGCAAGUGAAAUAGAUAAAAGUGAAAUAAACAAUAUAAAUUAACAGCAAACAUUACACUCACUGAAGUUCCAAAAGAAUAAAGACAUUUCAAAUGUCAUAUUGUCUAUAUACAAUGUUUUAACGAUGUGCAAAUAGUUCAAGUACAAAAAGGGAAAAUAAAUAAACAUGGGUUGUAUUUACAA